CUCGGUUGUUGGGUGACAUCCUCUCCCCUCUGGCCUCGGAAGGAUGAAGUUCCAUCCCUUCCCCAGGCUCCGCGAGUUCUCUGUGGGUACAGUGGGGAGACGGGGGUCGUAGCGGGUAACUAGGAACCAGAUGGCGACCUCCAUUCUUCCAGAUACCCCCCGACCCCCGCCAACUUAUAUAAACCUGCUCCACAAAACCUUGAUGCGCCCUUGGCUGGAGUCGUUGGAGGGAGGGGUAAUUGUACAAGCUCUGGUGAUUAUGAGGGAAGAAAGGGAAGACAGUAAACAACGGUGGAAUGUUCUCAUGCUGCCUCUGCCUUCAUCACAAGCCAGGAAGACACAGCAGAUGACUGAGCAGCCUGGGGGACUUGGCUCAGGACUUCUCCAGCUGGAGAUGGUCUGCUGAAGAAUGAAUGAAAAGGAGACAGAGCCACAGAGGGAAGGAGUGGGGAUCCCUGAGUCGAGGCUUAGAAGAUCUCCACCUGGGAGAGCUGCCCAGUCAACAUCAGAAUGACAACCCCAGCAAUGUGGAGAGGCCUGGGGCUGGCCCUGGCUCUCUGUCUUCUCCCCGGCGGAGGAACAGAGAGCCAGGAGCAAAGCUCCUUUUGUGAGAAACCUCCAGCCUGGCACAUCAAUGAUCAAGACCCGAUGCUGGACUCAUAUGGCUCAGUGACCGUGGUUGCUCUUCUUCAGGCCAGCUGAUACCUGUGCAUUCUGCAGGCAUCCCGAUUGGAAGACCUGCGAGUAAAACUGGAGAAAAAAGGAUACUCUAACAUCUCCUUUGUUGUUGUUAAUCAUCAAGGUCUCUCUUCUCGAUUAAAAUAUAUGCAUCUUAAAAAUAAGGUGUCAGAGCAUAUUCCUGUUUAUCAACAAGAGGAAAACCAAACAGAUGUCUGGACUCUUUUAAAUGGAAAUAAAGAUGACUUCCUCAUAUACGACAGAUGUGGCCGCCUUGUGUAUCAUCUUGGUUUGCCUUUCUCCUUCCUAACUUUCCCAUAUGUAGAAGAAUCCAUUAAGAUUGUUUACUGUGAAAAUAAAUGUGGAAACUGCUCUCUCAAGACCCAGGAACAUGAAGACUUCUGUAAAAGUGUCUCUUUGGCUACAGAGGAGCAAACAACCGAGGCUCCACAGCCUCAUCCUCAUCCCCAUCACCGUCACCAUCACCAUCACCAUCAUGGGCAUCAGCAUCUUGAGAACAGUCAUCCUUCAGAGUAUCCAAAACCAGAAGCACCAGAUGCUUCUGAGAACCCCCCUCCUUCAGAUCUUCGUCACCACCAUAGGCACAAGGGUCCCCAAAGACAGGGAUACUCAGGGAACUGAGAUAUGCCAGUAGGAAGUGAAAGUUUACAACUUUCUCUUCCACAAAAGAAGCUCUGACGAAAGGGAUGCAUAAAUCAGUUAUUCUGUAAAUUCCCCAAAGAUUCAGAGUUGGCUCUGAGUAGCUGAUGCUGACACUGUCGACAUCUGGUAUUUGAAAAAACAGGGUCUGCAAUCACCUGACAGUGUGAAGAAAACCUCCCCUCUUUAUGCAGCUGACAAGGCCUUCUGGCAGAGGAGACCGUCAUUGAAUCUUGACAAUGACGUAUGCCUCCAGCUGCCUGACAGGCAAGUCAGCAGCUCAAGCCCACAGAAGCCAGCACCAAAUGAAGCUGAAAAAAUAAGGCAGAAAUGUGAGAAUGACCUUCAAAUUAAAUAUUUGAAAUUGGACAUACUUCCCAAGUCAGUCUAGGCAAUUACAUUUCCAGCAUUUUUGUAAACUACCUAAUUAAUAGUGAUCCAAAAAUAGGACUUGGAUUUGUGCAAAUGCAGAGAAAUCCACUAUAUUGGUUUCUACAUUUUAAACUUUAAGUCAAAGAAAUUUUGACCCAAGCCAUAGUUUUAUUACAGGGCAACUGAAAGGUGAUUGCAGCAUUUGGUUAAUAUGUUUUUCUUUUUCUUUCUCCAGCAUUCUACUUGCAUUAAUGAAAACAGGAACAUAAACUAUGACCUAGGGGUUUCUGUUAGAUAGUUAGCAACUUAGAAUGGAGGAAGAACAACCAAGACAUGUUUUCCAUUUUCUUUACUUGUUUCUCAAAACAAUAUUAUCUUUUGUCUUUUUUAAUCUUACAUUUUUAACAGAUUAAAUCUUUAAAGAAAGAAGUGAAUUCUGACUUUUCAGAUCCCAAAGUACUUACACAUGAAUAUUUUGCUAUUACAUUUUAGAUAUCCAUUUAUACUUUUUUAUAUCUCAGACUCAUGUCUUGAUUUUUACUAUCACAUAUGAAUGAAGCCUUUAUAUAUCUUGGUUUCUUUAUCUAGCAUUUUAUCAUACUCUAAAAUUUGAGAUUGCCAGUCUUGAAAGCUAGAAGGAAAAAGAUAAAAGAAUGUUGUCUAUCUCUUGAUUGCUUAGAAAGUAUUUCCAUAGUCAAUGAUGGUUCAGUAGGUAAACUUAGUCCUAUAAACCCGAACUCCUUUAUGGUUAAUACUGCUAAGCAAGCAUGCGAUACACAAUUGGCAAGAGUGUGGAUUUGUUUAAAUAAACUCAAUAAAAAAGUUUAAAGCUG